AUGCCAUCUCAACGUCAGGACCCAGCUCGCACUAGCCCUAAGAAGAGGAAGACAAAGCGCAAAGCCGCGGAUUCUGAUGGGCAAGAUGUGUCAACCAAGAAAUCGCGGGCUGAGGCUGAAGCACCCAUCGCGUCGCAGCAGCCUACUCGACGUUCUGGACGUCCUGGUGCUGGAACAGGAGGUAGAGUUAGUCAACUCGAGAUCAUUGGAGCACUCUUGGGUGCCCCAGCACGUACCAGCCAGCCCAAAGGCUCCACCUCCCUCGACUCUAGUAUCCCUACCAAUCCGCUUGCUCCAGAACCGCCUCGCAAGAGAGGCCGGAUGAAGAAGCCCCCUCCACCAUAUAGUGCCUCUGGCAAGCCGAUGGAUUCUGUGCCUUUGAGACCACAGGGGGAAAAAGCUACAGUGGCGAAGAAACCUGCUCCCGUUGCCUCAACUAAAACUACUCCCGUUGCCUCGACUGUCGAGCCCCCAAACCUCCAACCCAGUUUCGUACAUCGUGAAGCGGGUGCACGCUUUGGUUUUUCUCAGUUCAUCGUUCCCCCUGGUACAGAGCCUGACCUGCAGGCACUCAACAACCCUUUUGUGGCUGCAGCCAGGGAGAAGCAGGCUCUUUCAGCAGGUCUAGCUGCACGUCAGCCUGAUGCUAACUCAGACUUAUUCCAGAACCUAGAUCCUACCCUUCGGCCAGUCAACAACGGACCGCAAGAUUCAGGAGCUGAAAGCACGGAGACAUCUAGUGAGGGUGGCGAUGGAAAUACUGACGACGACGACAACGACGACGAAGAUCACACGGACAAUGAAGUUGGCUGGGGAGCAGCGCAGGGGCGCGUGACUGAACAUCCUGGUUUCUCAAAAGAAGAUUUACCGUCUCAACCCCAUGUCGCUCGUGCUCUUCCAACCGACUUCGAUUUUCAAUAUUCACGUGAUGAAGGUGACAUUAACGCAGAAAGAUCUUUGGCAGAUGAUAUCUCCAGUACUGAUGAUACCGCGACCAAGCUGGCUGAACCUAAGCCAGAUGAUGUCUUACAGCGCCACCACCAGAAAAAUGGACGCCCUCAACUUCCUGAUCCACAAGUUCUUGACCUCCUACGUCACGCUGAGACAAAGUCUUCCAAGUCAAAGGACACAAACGUCAAGACUACAUCAGCAAAAGUGAAGGAAUCAGGUGAUGGGCCUAGAGCCACUCAACUAGGCUGGUAUGGUCCACGAUGGAAAAACUUCCUUGAGGUUACAAAGAGCGAGUGCCGCGCCCAACACGCGAUAGAGAACCCAUUCCCCAAACUAGCGAAAGAUUUGACAGGUUCCAUCAACGAGAUACUCAUGGCUUCGCUCGUCGAAUGGCUCGAGGGUGGUCAACAAGUCGAAGAGGGUAUUUGGCCUGAUCGCAAGCAUGAUAUGGCAAAACUGCUGUAUGAGGAUUUAUCAACGUGGCGCUCGGACCUCAAGAAGACCGUUGCCAGUAUUGUGCCCUCCAUGUACGACCUCAUACCUCCAUCUCAUGUCCCACCCCAACAAUGUGCUGCCUGGGUUGAAGAAGCUGCCACGGAGUUGCUCAAAGACGCUAUUUUCUUACGCAACGGUGCUUCUAUCUCUUUCUUCUAUACAGGGUCUUACCGUGUUGCUCGCAGGAGACCUGAGGUCUUCCAGAAGUCUUUACCGCUAGAGUGCUUGGCACUGGUUUGCACCGCGGUUAAUUGUGUCCUAGAUGGCUUUGCUAAGAACGGCAGCGGAAAAUCAUUUCCGAAGUUCACCGCAAAGGAAUACUCUUCUUUGUAUACUGCUAUGCUCACUAACCUGGAAUCGAUCAUGCGUGACCCUUACCAUGGACCGAAAUUAGCGCGGCAACUUCGUUCCUGGGCUGCAGCUGGAUGGCAAGGAGUUUUUGCUUUCGAAGUAUUGCAUGCUGAUGAAGUUCUCACAGGGCGGAGUCCUACAAAGUCGACGGCAAUGUGA